CAGGCUGACUGGCUCUGUGAAGAUGGCGGACUGCAUACGUGUUCCUCUGCUCCUGCUCUUGAUGUGCAUCUUUUUGUUUGUACAUCCGAUUCAAGCUCAAAACAAAGCUAUUUCCAAACUUAUUGCCGGUGUCGAUAAAAUGCAGAACCCAGUUGGAGGUCCGGGGCCCGCGGUGGGAAACCCUGGAGUCGAUGAGAGGAACCAAGGCGCCGGGGCCUCGCUGUCUCGGAGGCGCUCUACCGGCUGGAAGUUGGCUGAGGAGGCGGUGUGCAGAGACGACCUGACCCGGCUUUGCCCCAAACACUCCUGGAACAAUAACCUGGCGGUGUUGGAGUGUCUCCAGGACAGGAAAGAGGACUCUGAAAUCGCUACAGAUUGCAACCAUCUGCUGUGGAACUAUAAGCUGAACCUGACCACAGACCCAAAGUUUGAGUCUGUAGCGGUGGAGGUCUGCAAGACAACCAUCUCUGAGAUUAAAGAAUGUGCCGCGGAGGAGCUGGGGAAAGGUUACCUGGUUUCCUGCCUUGUAGAUCACCGUGGCAACAUCACCGACUACCAGUGCAACCAGUACAUCACCAAGAUGACCACCAUUGUUUUCAGUGAUUACCGGCUGAUCUGCGGCUUCAUGGGCAAGUGUCGCGAUGACAUCAACACGCUGAAAUGUGGCAGCAUCAGCACCGGAGAGAAGGACGUCCACUCUCAGGGCGAGGUGAUCGCCUGUUUGGAAAAAGGUUUGGUUCGUGAAGUCGAGGACCAGGCGGGGGCGCACGUCAUCAGGGAGGAAUGUAAAAAGGCCAUCAUGAGAGUCGCCGAGCUCUCCUCCGACGACUUCCACCUGGACCGCUACCUCUACUUCUCCUGCAGAGACGACAGAGAACGCUUCUGUGAAAACACUCUGGCUGGGGAAGGAAGAGUUUACAAAUGCCUCUUCAAUCACAAGUUUGAGGAUUCCAUGUCUGAGAGGUGCCGCGAGGCGCUGACCACCAGACAGAAACUGAUUGCUCAGGACUACAAGGUCAGCUACUCGCUGGCCAAAGCCUGCAAGUCGGACCUGAGGAAGUACCACUGCAACGUGGACACCAGCAUGCCCCGAGCGAGGGAAGCUCGCCUGUCCUACCUUCUGCUGUGUCUGGAGUCAGCCGUCCAUCGAGGUCGUGUGGUCAGCGGCGAGUGUCAGGGUGAGAUGAUGGAUUACAGGCGGAUGCUGAUGGAGGAUUUCUCUCUGAGUCCUGAGAUCGUGCUGCACUGUCGCAGUGAGAUUGAGAGUCACUGCUCCGGUCUGCACCGCAAAGGACGAACGCUGCACUGCCUAAUGAGGGUCGGCCGAGGAGACAUGGGCGCCAUCGAUCCCAGCUGUCAGAAGGCGCUGCAAACGUUGAUCCAGGAAGCCGACCCCGGGGCCGACUACCGCAUCGAUCGGGCGCUUAACGAGGCCUGUGAGUCCGUCAUCCAGACCGCAUGCAAACACAUCCGCAGCGGCGACCCCAUGAUCCUGUCGUGUCUCAUGGAACAUCUGUACACUGAGAAGAUGGUGGAGGACUGCGAGCACAGACUGCUGGAGCUGCAGUACUUCAUCGCCAGAGACUGGAAGUUGGAUCCGAUCCUGUACAAGAAAUGUCAGCCCGAUGCAUCCCGACUCUGCCACACUCACGGCUGGAAUGAGACCAGCGAGUUGAUGCCACCUGGUGCCAUUUUCUCAUGCCUGUACCGCCACGCCUACCGCUCUCUGGAGCAGGGACGAAGGUUCCCCAGUGGGGAGUCUGAAGCGGAAAACCAUGGUUCGAUGCUCUCCCGGGACUGCAAGGUGGAGGUGCAGAGGAUUCUCCACCAGAGGGCGCUGGAUGUGAAGCUGGACCCUGAGCUGCAGAGGCGCUGCAUGACUGACCUGGGAAAGUGGUGCAGCGAGAAAACGGACGCCGGGCAGGAGCUGGAGUGCCUGCAGGACCACCUGGACGACCUGGUUGCUGACUGCAAGGAGGUGGUGGGAAACCUGACCGAGCUGGAGUCAGAGGAUAUUCAGAUUGAGGCGCUGCUGAUGAGAGCUUGUGAUCCCAUCAUUCAGGCCCACUGCCAUGAGGUGGCUGAUAACCAGAUCGACUCUGGUGAUCUGAUGGAUUGUUUGGUUCAGAACAAACACCAGAAGGAGAUGAAUGAGAAGUGUGCCGUGGGAGUGACACACUUCCAGCUGAUUCAGGUUAAAGAUUUCCGUUUUUCCUACAAGUUCAAGACAGCCUGCAAGGAAGACGUCCUCAAACUGUGUCCCAACAUCAAGAAGAAGGUGGAUGUCGUGAUCUGCCUCAGCACCACGGUGAGAAACGACACCCUGCAGGACGCCAAGGAGCAGCGAGUGUCUGUCAAGUGUCGUAAACAGCUGCGGGUGGAGGAGGUGGAGAUGUCAGAGGACAUCCGUCUGGAACCGGAGCUGUACGACUCCUGCAAGACCGACAUCAACAGGCUGUGUCAGAACGUGGCCUUUGGGAAUGCACAGGUUAUCGAGUGUCUGAAGGAGAACAAGCGUAAGCUGAGUUCGCAAUGCCACCAGAAGGUCUUCAAGCUGCAGGAGGUGGAGAUGGUUGAUUCUGAACUUGACUAUCAGCUGAUGAGAGUCUGCAAGAACAUGAUCAGACGCUUCUGUACAGAGUCAGAGGGGAAGAACGUUCUUCAGUGUUUGAAGCAGAACAAGAACAGCGAGAUGAUGGAUCCCAAAUGCAAGCAGAUGAUAACCAAGCGACAGAUCACCCAGAACACAGACUACAGGCUGAACCCGGUGCUGAGGAAGGCCUGCAAAGCCGACAUCCCGAAGUUCUGUGACUCCAUCCUAAAAAAGGCCAAGGAUGAAACCGAGCUGGAGGGUCAGGUCAUCUCCUGCCUCAAACUUAAAUACGCUGACCAGCGUUUGUCUCCUGACUGCGAGGAUCAGAUCCGGGUCAUCCUGCAGGAGUCGGCGUUGGACUACAGACUGGACCCUCAGCUGCAGAUCCAGUGUGCAGAAGAGAUCUCCAGUCUGUGUACAGAGGAGGCAGCAGCUCAGGAGCAGACAGGACAGGUGGAGGAAUGUCUGAAAAUCAACCUGCUGAAGCUCAAGAAGGAAGGAUGUAAGAAGGAGGUGUUGAACAUGCUGAAGGAGAGUAAGGCGGACAUCUAUGUCGACCCCGUCCUUCACACGGCCUGCGCUCUGGACAUCAAACACCACUGUGCUGCCAUCCCACCCGGCAAAGGACGCCAAAUGUCGUGCCUGAUGGAAGCGCUGCAGGACAAACGUAUCCGUCUGCAGCCCGAGUGCAAGAAGAGACUUCAGGAUCGCAUCGAUAUGUGGAGCUACGCUGCCAAGGUGGCGCCUGCUGAGGGACUUGGGGACUUGGCCAUGCAGGUGAUGACAUCGCCGUCCAAGAACUACAUCCUGACCGUGAUCUGUGCCGGUGUGGCGCUGCUCUUCAUGAUGGGGCUGUUCUGCGGCAGGUUCACCAAGCGAGUCACUCAGGAGCUCAAGGACAGAUUUUAUCGCCAAGGGACUGCCAAGUGGGCGGUGCCAGCCAGCCCUCGACCGAGCCACAGAUAAAGAGGCGAGGGUGGGGCCACAGAGUUGCACCUCACACACUUUGGCCAACUCGCUACAACCGGAAUCGCUUGUGGUUAUUUUACUUGGGUUUUUUUGUUUGUUUUCUCCAGAUGGAGAAACCUCAUCAAUCCGGUGUCUUUAUUUUCCCACAGCACAGCCUGUGUCAUAAAUGCACCGUGUGUGUCCACCUGCUGCUCCCAUCAUUGCCAUCUCGGGUGGGAUUUUUUUUUUUUCUUUUUUUUUUAAAACAUCACUCUGCUCAGACUGGGAUGGAAACCAGACGUUUUGAUUGCCGCCCAUCGCCGCGCAGAGUGGCUGUCGGUUUUGUGCUGGUUGGCACGAAAAAGCUGAGAAGCAAUGCAGGAAAAAAAUAAAGACAAAAAAGAAACAAUUCUAGAUUACUAUAGAGAUGUGAACAUUUUUGUGUAAAAAUGAUACUGGAAUCAUUGCACAUCUUUCGUUCUUUUUUUUUUUUUUAAAAUAUCUAUAAAUAUAUAUAUAUUGUUUUGUCAUAGCCUUAUUUAUUUGUUUACUUUUUUUUUUUUUUUUCAUCUAUUAUUUGAAUGUUCUCUGGUUGCCUUUUCUCCAGCGAGACUCCCUUCUUCCUGCAGGGGGGGUGGGAGGAGGGAGAGGAGAGGCAGGGCGUCGAACUCCUUGAGGAACUAGUGGAUUUUCACGUGGGACAGUGCGGAUUUUGAAAUGCUGCAUGCCUCCAGCUCCGUGUUUUUAUUCUUGGGCUUGACCAGAGUCACUUUGCAUGAUUCCUGGUUCCAAAUAAUCUUUAUUUGCUUCCUACUGGUUGACUGUUCCUCCUAAGAAAGAGGUCUGAGCAGCAGAUGGGGGUAAGGCUUGUGUGCCUGAGAUGACCGGAUUAAGGAUAUCUUCUCUUUUUCUCUCUCUCAUCAUACAGAUCCAGGAUGUAGAGCAGCCUGAAGCCUGAGCUUUCCAGUUAUUGUACAUACACUGGCCUCGUUAUUAGAAACAUUGUAAUUUUUUUUUUUUUUUUUUUUUAACAUUAACAUCCAUCAGUUCAACAGAAGUUGUGUAGGUUCACCUGAGGCAGUGUCGAGCAGCAGAAUGCAGUUCCGCCAUUGUCAACUUGAUGCCGACUCCAGCAUGAGUCAGUGUUCAAGGUUACCGCAGAAAUAAAAAUGUUUAAAGCUUGUCACAAAAAUCAUUUUGAUCUCUGUAGAUGGUUUCUCCUUCAUAGCUGCACUCUGGGUAAAUUCAUUCGUAGCUCACCUGGUCCAACUUUGUGAAGACUUAAAGUUGGGUGAGGGUGCUUUGAGGGUGUGCCGACACUGGCAACUAAUUGGAAUCACUGAGCUCUGGAACGUGUUUCGGGUGUCUUCUCCUUUGAUGAUGAUGAUGAUGAUGAUAAUGAAUAUGACUUUGACGUGCAGGUAAUUCUUCUAACAAACCAUCCAACAGGUCUCUGCUUUAGUAAUCGUGGCAUUGUCUUUAUUUUUUCGCUUGUUACUUGCCACUAAUGACUCUGUUACUGUAAAGUUGUCUCAACAGCAUUUAACAAAGCAUGAGAUAUUGCCAGGUGCAUACCAGUUUUUACCACGAGAUGGGGCAACAAGGCAAGAGAUUAAGAGCAUGUUCUUAGUCUCUUAAGGGAAGGCAGAAAUAUUUCAGUACACCCCCUGGAAGAAUUCUGCCCCCUGGUGGUGAAAGUGUUACAAAUGUUACCUUUAACACUAACUGGCAGGUUAUGCACACUCACACAGUUUACAACUCUCCCCUCUCGUCCAGAUACGGUCACUCUGGCUCUGUAAAAGCAUAUACACAGACAUAUAUAGUCUGUGGUUCUGUAGAGGAGGACGGAUUGCUCGGAGGGCGUGUUUGCGACGCUCAGCCUGCAGGUCGAUGCCCGAGGAGGCGUUCAGUCUCAUAUAAACACGUGUGAGCAAACACUAAAUCGAGGGCCUCUCCUCUCCCUGCGUGAGCUGAUCACAUGUACAUGUGUAUGAUACUGAGUGACGAUAACUUACUGUAAACUACAUGUACCGUUCCCCUUCUAACUGUUGAAGCUUGGCGUGGUGAGCGCUGCCCUCUCUGCUUGUAAAUGAGACGUUCUGCUUCAUUGAAAUGCCUUUUUUCCAUCAGAUUUUGUUUGUUUUUAAAUCGAAGUGUGCCUAACCGCCGUCCCGCUGUACAGGACAUCCCAGACGACCUGUUGCACCCAACAGAGGGUGACGUGUGGCGUAUUUGACCGAUCUUUUUGUAAAACUCUCUUGUUUGUUUGAAUCCAUUGAGCUCCUGAUUGGUUUGGGGUUUUUUUUGUCCACUUUUUUUCUUUUGUUGUUGUUGUACAGAUGAAAAAUUGGACAGUUUGUUAAUGAUAAUAAUAAAGUCUGCAAGGUUUCUA